ACGUAUAGUACAGUGUUGAUCUUGGGUUUUUUAUUUGUUUAUAUUAAAGUGAACGUAAUUUUUUUUAAAGUUUUUAUUAUAUUUGUGUUGUCCACGUACACUAAUAUAAAUGUCCAUUGUGUUUCUAUGUGUUUUAAUUUUAUGAUGUUGACAAAUCUCGUUUUAUAAUUGUAAGUACCUAACAUAAUUUAUAUCGCUAGAAAAACGUUGUAUUUUCUAUUAUAUUUUAAAGUUGUAAUGUCUUCUUUUUACUUUAGUCCUUGGCCUGAUGAUGUGACAUGUGGAAGUCACGAAACUGGUAGCCAAUAAAUAGGAAUUUUCUCGAUAAUUAAGACUUUUUUUGACCCGUUCUUGUGCCCUAAAGAACUUCCAGAAUAUGGACAGGAUUCUUCUUAAUAUAAAGUUAUACACUUUUUAUGAAUCGCAUCAAUGAUAGGUUGAACUUUCCAUAGCCGAUUUGACUGCUUUACCUCAUUUGAAACACUUAGAUUGUUAACAACAUGUAGAAAAUUUCUUAAUUUAAAAAUACGGUCUCUAGGUAGCUGAGUAAUGCAAGAUAUGUUAAUUCCCUUCAUAAAAUACAACCGCAGCCGUGGAAGUCCAAAAAUACCCAGUAAAAUUCCAGUCAAUAUUCGAUAUUCUUUGGCUGUUGACUUUAGUGAUUUUUUGAGUGUGAAUAUUACUUUGUUCUGAUAAAUUUUCCCAAAAAUAAUCUGGAAAGUAUUCAUAAAAAUAGUUCAGGGGUGUCCAAUACUCAUGAUCAUCUUGUAAGUGCCAUUCCGGAUCAAGGUAGACAUCUUCUCGACUUUCAAAAACAUUUCUUUUCCAUUUUACUUCUGGGGUUUUAUUUUUUGUUUGCUCCUGGAGAACCUGCUCUCUUAUUCUGGAUAAGGGAACAUUAUCGUCAUCAGACUCCUCUUCAAUGGUAUCAGAAACCGAAUCUGCGUCUGCCGGCGCCGGCUCGUCGUCUUCGUUAUCAUUUGCCUUAAUUGAUUCACUGUUUUCGGCGGUGAUUUCCUCUUCAUCAUCGCUCAAGUAGAAGUCACUGUCAUUUAGAAUCUCUUCAAGAUCAUUAUCCGUCAGUGGUUGCAUACCACCUUAAAAAAAAAGACGAAAUAAUAACAACAAUAAAAUUUAAAAUGUUUGGGUAAAAAGUAAAAACUUGAACCAAAUAGGGCCCUGACGUCCAAAAUACUGAACAAAAUCAAAAGCCGAACACUCUGUAGAGCGACGUUACAUUUUCUGUACGUAUAUUUGUUGAUUUACUAAAUAGCAGUCAAUUUAUUUGAUUUUAAUCAGCAUUUUAUCAAAACAAAACUGAAAAAAAUCCAACGUUGCCAAAUAUUUUUAACCAAAUAUUUUUUGGCGUAUGUAUGCACGUCCAGUCCGCUGCACGGCGGGCUCCAAAUCACGUUAAGUCGUCGUGAGCCCAUACUAAUAUAUUUUGAAAAAUUUACAGCGGGCUGGACGUGUGGACUGAAGAGGUUAAAAGAAAAAUUAUUUGAAAUAUUUGAAAAACGUGGAAAAUUACCCUAAUGUUCAGGAAUAAAACGAGAUUUUAUUUCGUAUGCCUGGAAUAAUAUAAGAAUGCUUGGAAAACCUUGAUUUUAAAACAUUACAAUUAAAAGAUAAUUUUUUUUUAAUUAAUAAUAAUUCACCUAAAUUGUCGGGGAUUAUUUUGGUUCUAAAUGGUUUUAUUAUAUAAAAAUGUCACGCUUUGUAAUUUUAUCGGUUCAUAUCAUAUUCUCAAGAAUAAUUGGGGUAAUUAGUAAUUUUUUGUGCUAGUUUACAAUAAAACAGCAGUCUUUCAGUAUCACCAGGAUGUAAUUUUUCCGUAAAUAACUAUUAAAUGUCUUUAAAUUUAUCCAUCAAAAAUUUUUUAUAUAACCUAAUAAAUACGAAAAUCGCUAAUCUGUACCUCAAGAAGUAAAGUUUUCUUUAGUUUUCUCAUCCAUUCUAUCUCCAUAUUUACUUUUAGGUUUAUUAAAAUACCAAACUUCUCAAUAUUUUUAUCCAAAGUUUUAAAGAUGGAUUUCUGAUGUUUUAAUGGCAUUUCUAUCGUAUUUAUAAUAAAUUUUAAUCAUAUCUCACUUUUCCUCAUUCAUAAAAACCAAACUUUCUUAAAUUAUUAGUAAAACUACUGUCCGUUUAUAAUAAAAUACUAGCCAACUGUAAACAAAUUUAGUUUUUUCCAAAAAUUCGGGUUUUUUAUAAAAAAUUAUAAUUUUUCUUGUGAUUUAGCGUGAAAAAGGUUGAAUCGUGAAUUUCGAAAAGGGCUUAUCCUGCAAAACGUAAUUUUCCAGGAAAAGCUAAAAACUUAAUUGCUUCUGACAGAUUUGAACUACGAAAAUAUGAAUUUUCCUAAUAUUCGCAACCUUUGUUUGACAUCUUAACCUUGCCAAUUUUUUUUCUUUUCAAAUAAGUCUACAUGGAGAAAAUGGACUUGUUUGUUAAUUUAUUUGGAAAAUAUUAACAAAUAAAAAGUAACUCUGCUAAAAGUCUUGUUCGAUGUCAGCUCCUGCUUCUCUGUCAGUAGUCGGCCAGCUCAAAAUACUGUCGUAAAAGUCUUCAUAUUCUGCAAGUAUAUACUGCCUCAACUUUUUCAAGUCAGUCAUUUUUAAGUUAUUUAUUGGCAGUUUUGAGGAGUAGCAUGGAAAGUCUUCAACAGUAAAAAGAUUAGCACAAAUACCUUUAGUUUUUAAAAGGCUAAAAGUUUCAGUAUUAAUUUCGCUGUCAAUGAAGGGGGGGCAUAAAACUUCUCCAGGCUUUUCUGGAUUAAAGUCAAAUUCGUAAAAAGUUGAAACUUGAAAAGAUACUUUGUUUUCUUUAGCAACUUUUUUCCAUAGCAUCUUUCUGAUAACGGUUUUGCUUUAAAGUGUAGUUUGCACCAUGCCUUGAAAUCAAUGAUAUCGGUAUAAGUUUUACACAAAAUUUGUCUGAUUUAGUGUUACUGAGUAUUAAAUUCGUAUACUGCUCGUGAGUAAAUAAACGACCUUCCCUUCUAAUCUUACGCUUUAUGGUUGCAAAAUCUCUAUCACAGUCAUUAAAGGAAUGACCUCUUUGGGGAAAAUAAAGAAAAACUUCAUUCUUCCUUUUUAAAUUUCGAGUAAGUGACAAAGCGAUAAGAUAUUUUAUUAUGGUAUUAUUUUUAUUUUGCCCAGGACAUCCGUCGCAGAAUAAAUGUAAUUCUGUAAUAUUUUCAGGAACAUUUUUACAUAUAAAGUCAUUUAAAAACGAAGCUACUUCGUUUGGUCCCUUCAACGCUUGGCCUAACGCUAAUUUCUUCACAUUUUGAGCACACAUCAAUUUGUGGCCUACCAAAUGCCAAGUCAAAAUUUACAUUGAAAUAAUUUCUAAAAAACUGAUAAUUUACUUCGCUUUCUGGAUAUUUUGCUGAAAAUCUCUCAUGCAAUAUUGUCACAUUCAAAACAGAUGAUAAGUAUUUUUUACAAUGUUAUUUGAAUAGUGAAUUUCUUUAACAGGAAUUGACUCGAUAAAGUUGUGAAUUAAAGCAUAUGUUUCCGCGGGCAACAUUUACAUUGCUUCUAGACUCGGCAGAUUUUCCUCGCAUAUCGUUGGAGCUUUUAUUUGCAAUUUUUAGUAGUCGAAUUCUCUUUAUUCUCUUGUCGGUAGCACCAUGCAAGUUUAGAAAGACUACUUUACAUACUUCUUUUCUAUUUACAUCUGCUUCGAUAAAAUACUUAUAAGAGUAACUCUUUGGCUUACUAAUUUUAUCUUCUUGACGUUUAGAAGUAUCCUUCACAGGGAACGCCUCCAUCAAUCCUUGAAUAUAUAUGUCCUGUUCAUCUUUGGUAUUAAAACCAUUUAUGCGAUUCAAUACUGCUUUUUUGGCAUCAUCGGAAAGAUCGAAACAUUUUCGAAUGCACCUACAAAGAUAAAACUAUUUUUUCACAAAACCAUUUUUGUAUAUAUUAUAUAUUGAAUAUAUUAUCUACCUACUAAAUAAAUAACAUUAUUUAUCUACCUCUAUCCACAUCUCCUAUUAUUUUUUAUUUAUGUAAUAGAACAUAGGUAUACACUUACCUACAACUAGGCCCAGAUUUCCUACAAGGAAUAUUUUUACCCACGUGGUUUGUGUGUGCAAGUCCCUUAACUUUGGCUUUUUUGAUAAUUACAUUUUUAUACAUUUCACUAUUUCUUACUCCUCGCUUCUUUUUCUCUACUCCUGUAUCUGCCUCGUCCGAACUACUAGACUCACUCAUUGUUUAGAAAAAAACUAGUAACGUUGAACAAAACAGUACCCAAAAUAUGUGAUUGUUUACUAAUUCAAAUGACAAACUUGACAUACACCAAGCAACUAUCGUAAAGCGACUGAAACAAGCAAACUUUACGAUGCCUAUACUCCAAUAAAAAUCACGUCUUAUAAAAAUAAAAAAUCCCCUUUUUGGUUCGCUUCAUCAAAGUUUACUGAAUAAAAUAGAGUAUUUUAUUCAGUAAACUUUGGCUUCAUUUACUAAACGCGUCACAAUGCAUUACGAAAAGGACCCAUCUCAGCGAGAUGAGUCCUUUUCGAAAUUUUGUUUUAAAACCAGGAGUUCGUAUUUGUAAGAACAAAAUCAGAUAUGAGCCCUUUUCCUUCAUAAAAUGUUGGCCUACUAUUGAACCUGAAAAAUUUGCGGAAAAGUCAAAUUUGAUCAAAAUCCGAGUUGAGUCCUUUUCGAAAUUCACGAUUCGGUUAUUUUGCAGAUAUUUUAAAAAUGUAAAAAUCCAAUAUAGCGCCGCAUAAGAAAAAACAGAGUUGAUGAUGGUUGGCAAAGUAUGAAACCUCGUAAUAAAAAUCUAAAAGCAAAGUGCAAAUUACUUUAAAACAGGAUGAGAAAUAAGCUCAGACAAAACAUAAAUCGAUAAAUCGAUUUUAAAAAAUUUAAGAUUUUUUCGAAUAUCUUCGGAACUAUACGGAAUUGUUAAACGGCAUAUUGUUAAACGCAAAAAUUCUCAAUUUUGCCCCGAUUUAACCAUCUUCGUAUCUCUUAUAAAUUCCGAGAUCUCUAUGUUGUGGGUGGAAUUUGAAACACCCUGUAUACAUUAAAACAAUAAUUACUGUAGAAUGGGGCUAUUCUGGAAAUCACGGGUAAUUUGAGAGUUCAUCCGAAAAAUGUUAAAAGCGGCAACAACGCCCACAGAGUUAAUAACAUUACGCAAACGCCGCGCAAGGCCAUUAGUACACAUGCAACCGCGUACUCGAUUUUAUUUUGGCGCGUAAAAAUAUUAGGAAAAACACGUGUUUUUUGGUGAAAGAACGGUAAGUGGUUAACUUUACUCUGUAAAUCUAAACCGAUUAAUUGUAUAAUAUUGACACUUAAUCCAAAUAAAAGUAUGGGGUUUUAGGAAGGUGUAUUGGUAACAUAAACAUUUUAGGACUCUUUUGUUUUUUUUAUUCAGUAUUUUCUGGAGUGGGGAAAUUUGAGAAGUGACUGGGGGCUAUUUGAAAAUUGUUAGAAAUUGCUUUCAAAUCAAAUUGGCCUUUUUAGAAUGGUAUGAGAUAAUGGUGCGCACUUAUAAAAAAACAUUUAGCCAUGUCAGAAAUGGCAAAAAUUACGGGCCAUAUAGGCAUUACUCAGGGAAAGCCUUAGCCAGAGCAAUAGAAGAAGUAAAAAAAGGGCGGUUAACUUUGGCUAAGGCCUCCGAGCAUUUCAAAGUGCCCAUCGCCACCAUAAGCAGACGGCUAGGGGGACCAAUAUAUUUGAAAAACCGGGAAGACCUUCAAUAUUUUCCAAGGAAGAAGAGGAACAGUUUGUGAAAUACCUAAAUAUUGUGGCAGCUUGGGGAUUUCCCUUUGACAUAUUGGAUCUAAGACUUUUUGCGAAGAAUUACCUGGAUAAAAAAGGUGUACAGGAAGUUCGUUUGAAGGAUAACUUUCUUGGUAGAGAUUGGGCAUUAGCUUUCCUAAACGACACGAAAAGCUCAUAUCAAACCGUCUAUCAUCCAAUAUUUCAACUAAAAGAGCUUCACUUUCACCAGAAGUUAUCGAUAAUUUUUUUGAUAAUGCCCAAGAUACUUUAUUAGCGGUAAAUCCUAGUUUAAUGGUAAAUUAUGAUGAAACAAACCUUACCGACAACCCAGGCACUAAGAAAUAUAUUUAUAAAAGAGGAUCAAGGUACCUAGAAAGAGUGAUAAAUUCGACAAAAACAGCCAUAAGCUUAAUGUAUGCUGGUACUGCGGAUGGCGAGAUAUUACCAGUUUAUGUAGUGUAUAAAGGUGAGCAUCUUUGGGACUCAUGGACUGAGGGAGGCCCUAAAGGUGCCAGAUAUAAUAGGUCUAAAAGCGGGUGGUUCGAUUCCGCUUGUUUUCGAAAUUGGUUUUUUACUGUGGUAGUUCCAUUUUUUUAAAAUAAACCUGGAAAAAAGGCUCUCAUUGGGGACAACUUAUCUUCUCACUUUUCCGAAGACGUCCUUAAAACGUGCGAGAAAAUGAAUAUUGCAUUUAUUUGUUUGCCAAGCAAUGCGACCCAUGUCAUGCAGCCAUUAGACGUCGCAUUUUAUUCUCCACUUAAGAAAUAUUGGUGCGAAAUUCUGACAACGUGGAAGAAAGGCCAAGGGCGGAAAAUGACUACACUCUCAAAAGAUGUAUUCCCUAGAUUGCUUGCACAGCUCCAUAACAAGAUUGAAGAGAAUGGCAAAGGAAGGCAAAAUUUAAUCUCCGGAUUUGCCAAAACUGGAUUGCACCCUCUGAAUCCUGCGCAAGCAAAGGAAAGAUUACCUGUAUCGUCCACCACAGGUACAGAUUCUAAUAUUUUAGAUUCAAGCAUUUCAAGCUCAGUUUUGGAUGUCCUAAAAGAAAUGCGUAUGGGUAGUUUUGAGCAGCGUAAAGCACCGCGUCGCAAGAAGCUUACUGUAAAAGCAGGAAACAGUGUUUCUACAUCUGAUUUGUACCCGUCUACUAGUAGAAAUGUUUCUGAAAUAAGUUCAUGCGAAUCAUCAGAUGAUGAAGAAGACCAGCUACAAAAUAUUGACGAUGAAGACCUUCCCUGUUUUAAUUUGAAAAAACCUGAUAAAGAAAUCCAACCAGAAGAACAUGAUGAUGAAAAUCAGCAAGAAAUAAGUGACGAUGAUGACCAUCCUCUUAUAAACUUUAGUAAUCUUAAGGUCAAUUAUUGGGUAGUUGUUCGAUACACGGCAACAAUUUCAAGCCAAUGUUAUAUAGGACAAAUAAAGUCCGUUACCCUGCUAAACGGGGAAUGGGUUUUCAAAACAUCGUUUUUAAAAAAAUCCUCCAAAACCGAAAGAUUUUUAUCUCCUCCUAAGUUAGAUCAAGACGAGGUAACAACCGAAAUGAUUAUCAUGAUACUUAGCCUAAGAUUGAAGGUUCAGGGACCAGGCAAUUUUUUACCUUUUCGGAUAAUCUUUCAGAACUAAACAUAAAAUAAACAUAUAGUUACCACUGUUUGUAACCUUCAAGAAACCUUUGUUACCUUCAAACCAGAGUUAUUUUUAAGUUGUUUUUUUUUGUUUGAUCAUUUUUUAGAGUUAUCUACUUUAUGUUUUUUUGUUUACAUAUUUUAAUUGUAAUUUGCAAUGUUGCAAGAAAUAUUUUUUAUUUUCCAAAUAUCCCCUUCAGUGGAUAAAUGAUGAUUUAUGCAAUUUUAAGCCAUAUUCUCAAAAACCCUAUGGGGCAAUUUGAGAAGGCCCUAAAAAAUUUUUUUUACGGCUUCCAGAAGAGGAAGCCGUUAGUCAAAUAUAAGAAAUAGAUACCUCUAUCAUAGGUCUUUCCAACGCCAUUACAAAAUUGAUCAAGCUUACUUUUGUCUUAUAGAUAUCGCUCAAAAACCUCAAAAAAAAUCUCAAAUAGCCCCAUUUUACGGUACUUUAAAACAUAAGACUCCUGGAUUUUAUUCUCCAGUAUGGCUGGGCUAAUCUGAGCACCCUAAAAGGUCAUUCUUUCAUUAUUAGGCUGAUAUGGCCAGAGUAAUCAUUCUAGCAUUGUUUCGGGAUAAGCACCUAUGGCGCUAUGUAACUGUCAGACUUUGAAACAUGAGCCAAAGUAAUAAUAAUUAUUACUUUGGUUCUUUGUAUCUGAAAAUUAAUACUUCAUCGGUGGCACCAUCUAAGAGUUAUGCUAUAAAACAUGAAUUAAGGUCUUUAGAGACGAAAAGGUAAACUAAAGUUCAAAAUGUCUCCAAACCUUUUUGCUCAUGUGGAAUU